AUGGACACUGAGCUGGGCCAUAAGAAUCACAUGGCGAAGCCCUCGUCUCAGGAGGAGACAGCCAUGCCUUCUCUGACGACAAUACCUACGUCCGUCACCCUGUCCGCUGAGCAGUUCGAAAAGCUUUACCUGAGCCCCCUGACACAGCGGCAGGGCAUGCUCUCGAAGCAGAUGGGCAAUCCUACCCCUUUGGCCCUUGGUGGAUUUGUUAUCACGACGACGCCUUUGUCUUGCUGCCUUAUGGGAUGGAGAGGUGCUACUGGAGGGGGAAUUGCGUUCACUGGUCCGAUUGUCUUCCUCGGGGGCGGGCUGCUCGUCCUGACCAGUAUUCUGGAGUUUAUCCUUGGCAACACUUUUCCCUGCGUUGUCUUCGGCACAAUUGGGGCAUUCUGGUUCGCAUUCGGCUGCACCAUGACCCCCGCAUUCAACGCCGCAGCCCCCUACUCGACCUCCGCUACCAACACAGUAGCGGGACUCCACAGUCCCGACUUCAUGAAUACAUACGCGUUCCUCUUCAUCUCCAUGGGCGUCUUGAUGGUCAUCUUCCUAAUCUGCGCGACUCGCACCAACGCCGUCUACGUCUUCAUAUUCGCGACCCUCAUUCUGGUCUUCGUCUUUUUGUCGGCUGCAUACUGGCGUCUGGCUGGUGCGGAUACACUCGUCGGUAAUCGGCUGAUUGUGGCUGCCGGUGCUUCGCUCUUCGUGGCGAGCUUGCUCGGGUUCUAUCUCCUGGUGGCACAGUUGUUCGAUUCGGUUGGGUUCCCUGUGCGUCUGCCUGUUGGGGACCUGAGUCGUCUUUGGGAUCGUCGUGCUGCGAAUGAUGGACAGGAUCCUGAGUAUUCGGCUGGCGCUGGAGAGAAGUAG